CCGACCGUACAGUACUGAUUAGAACGUCGGCCGAGGUGGCCGCAUCGACAUUACAGUGCACACCGGAGAUGUGAUAGAUCCCGGCACCGUAUCCGCCGCCGGUAACACGUGACUCGCGCAGCAUUUCGACUGUUUUGCUUCUCCAACACAAAGCUCGACGCUCGGUGAUCGUGUACCAGUGAUUGUCCCGCAUUCGACCACAGUUUCAGACUAAACCCGCCCUCUAUGCACCACCCCACCAACGAUGGGUAGAACGGAACCGCUGAUCGUGAAGUACAAAAACAAAUGGUACGAUCUUACCGAAUUUGCUCACAAACAUCCCGGUGGGAAAAAUUCACUCACCGGGCUGCACAACAAGGACAUGGAGGAACGGUUCGACCGAGCCCCCGGACACUCGCAGGCCGCCCAAUAUCUGAUGAAGGAGUACCAAGUAAAGCCAUCGGCAGAAUCGGCCGGCCCCGACGCCAAACAGCAACCAAACGGUUACACACUAAACGGUGCCAAAGCAACGGUGAACGGUACGACGGUGACGAACGGGUACAAAAAUGGAGUCAAACCACCGACGAGCAACGGAUUACACGGGAAACAAGCGUCCACGGUCGGGAACGGCGAGGUAACGCACCUUACGGACGAUAGUAUGGAGCACCUGGUGGACUGGAGCAAACCGAUGGUAUUCCAGAUACACAAGCUGGGGGACAAAUAUGGCGAAUGGGUGAACAAACCUGUCGAUCGAGAGUUACGCCUGUUUGGACCGUCGUGGGUUGAGAACAUGACCAAAACGCCCUGGUGGAUUGUGCCCGGCUUCUGGAUACCGGCCAUCCUGUACAUUAUCGUGCAGUUCGGAGCGCGUGAUUUGGCGGCCGGGCGCGGCUGGACCGAUCCGAACCAAUCGUUUCUCACGGUCGAUCUGUACCUGCAUCUAGUCAUCGGUGCAUUCGCCUGGACGCUGCUCGAGUAUUCGCUGCACCGGUGGGUGUUUCAUCUCGAUCCGAAAAGCAACCGGUUCCUGCAGACGUUCCACUUUCUGAUCCACGGUCAGCAUCAUAAGGUUCCGUUCGAUCCGCACCGGUUGGUGUUUCCCGUGCCACCGGCCAUACUGCUGACGACCAUUUUCUAUCAACCCGUGUACUAUGUGUUUCCCUAUCCAAGACUCACGCUCGCCGGUGGAUUGAUAGGAUAUCUCAUAUACGAUAUGAUACAUUACUAUCUCCACUAUGGCAGCCCAGCCGGGGGCCACUUGUAUCACAUGAAGCGGUAUCACUAUUCCCAUCACUUUGUACAUCACGAUCAAGGUUACGGUAUAAGCAGCGACCUCUGGGACAAACUAUUCGGGACCCGCAUUAUACUAAGAAAGCUUAAGUAUCUUUUAAAGUGGUAAAGCGAUGUCGGGAAAAGGAACGCCGCACACACACACACGCUACUGACAAACGCUCAGUUCGGAAAAUCAGUUUGGUCUACAUAGUACCAUCCGUGGGAUGGUGGGGUGGUUGUGGUUGUGCACUAAAUUGGGCUGUAAUUUUUAAUAAUAAAACAUAUUUGUUGCAACUUACUGCUAUCAAGGUGUUGCACACUUACAA